AUAGUGAUUCAAACAGAGCUCAAGCCCUAAACGUCCCCUUCGUCUCUCUCUCUCUCUCUCUGAGUUCAGAGCCCCGCUCAAGUUCCGAUACAAACCUCAUUUCAAAUUAAUUGUAAUCAAAUCUAAACAAGGGGAAAAAUUAAAAAUAACAAAUCGCCGGCGAAAUGCCUUCUACUCCGGUGCCGGAGACGGUAGUGAGCAACCGGUUCGUAGCUUUUCUCAUUUGGCAAUCGAUACCUUCAUCAGCCAUCUUCUUCUUCUUCAACCUUUUCCUUUUCUCAACCACUUCAAUCAUCUCCUUCUUCCUCACUUUCCUCGUCUUCCAUACCUCACAGCUUCUCUUCUCAGUCUCAUUAGCUCUCCUCUCUUCUCCGACUCCAGAUUCUCCUCUUUCCCCUUUCCGAUUCGUUAUCGGCCUUCUCCGUAAUCUCUCGGAUCCCGAGUUCCGCCGCCGAGCUCGAGUGUCCUUACGCAUCGUGCUCUUCGUCUGCGCUACUUCCCUCGCUGGAUUCUGCUCCACCGCUGUGUUUUGCUUGUCUAAUGAUUCGUAUGGAGCGAUUGGAAGAAUAGGGUUUAGAGGAUUUGUGACUGGGUUACUCUACGCCGUCCUUUUCGUAUUUAAGCAGCGAUGGGUUUUGGAGUUUCCGAUUAUUCAGCGUCCACCGUUCUUCAGCUUCAAGAUUGGGCUUCCUUCUGCUGUAACACAAGCUUUGAAGCUAUCGGGUGUGCUUUAUGUGUUGUCAACCAUAAUGCUGUUGUUUCUGCUAGACUGGUCGGGUGGGCUUGUGUCUGUAUCGAGAUUCUUGGGUGAGCAGGUCUUAUCUUAUGCCGGCAGUUUCUGCCUGAUUCUCUCUUGGGAAAUCACUCACCAUAUACAUAAGGUUCUGCAUACAAAACGGUUUAGUUUUGCUCCUCCAAAAGGAUCUGCUGCAGCAGAAACGAAUCCAAGCGAACCUCUUCUUACUGCUUUAGAAGGGAGUACUCCAGGUUCCCUUGAGCACUCUCUUGCAUACCUUGAUCUCUACAUGGUGUCUCAGAAUAAUGUCGACACAUGGCGUCGUGCUGCCUUUUUUGAGGAGUCCACCGAGACUUACAAAAGAGUAAUCACUCUUUGCUUGAGGCCAUUGGAAGAGCUUGCCUGCAAGUUAUCUUCUGGGCUAGACCACACGUUUACUGAAACACCACCGACCGAGUCAUAUAUCGACCCAAAAUUUGGCGAAUCACUUAAGUCUUUCCAGCUUUAUGCAUGGUGUGCUCAAACAACUGCAUCUCUGACUUCAAUCUCUCACAAGGAAGACAGGCUUGGAGUAGCACAACUAUCUGGUGGGAACACUGAUGUUGUCUCGACGCUUCUAUCACUUUUGCUAGCUGUUGAAACAUUUAUGGGGAAGAAGACUAAUCUUCAAUCGCCUCAACAACUGAUGGGACCUGCUAGUAUCAAAUGGGCGACCUCGAGCAUGGUCAGAAAAGAUGUUAAACCCAUCAAAAGGAGUAUUGGCGCAAUGUACUCUUACGCGUAUGCAGUCACAGAUGUUUUGAAGAUAUCGAUAUACCAGAUUCUGUCUACAUUCCGCGAGGAGAUGCUCAACAGCGACAAAGCCGGACUUCUUGGUAGAGAUUGGAUCGGAAGCAAGAAACCACCUUUUGGAACAAACGACAUGUUGCUGCAGAAACUUAAGCUCUUCCUCGAGGUCCAAGCUUGAUGGAAAGAUUAGAGAAAUGUCUCUCCAUUAAAUGCGGUAACAAGUAUCAUGAUUUCUGAGAUGGAGAAGUAAAGGAACUAGAGUUGUUUUUUUUGUUGUUACCUGAUAAAGCCUUUGUAUUGAAAAAAAAUGAAAAUCCCUCGAUUUUGUUAGAGUUUGGGAUUGAUCUUCUUAUUGAUGAGCUACAAAAGUUUACAAGAAUGAAACUUUAUUGUUAAGUUUUGCAGA